AUGAUGAACUCUUUGCAGAACUCUGUUAAAUAUCUAAGGCUGGUAAAUUUAAAGACAGCAUUAAAUACGCUGAAAGAAUGCAAAACGUUGCCAGUACUUAAAGAACCACAGGAUAUUAUAUCGAAAGCUAGAGUCGUAAACUUUACUCCGCGUAGUAUUAACUUUGGUAUAAACGAUGCACCGAGUAAGAAACAUCAGGAUCCCAUUACCUAUAUACCAAUAGUAAACCCAAGAUCGAUUUUGCCACUGAUUGAUAAUGAAUGGAAAAAGGAUGAGAUUGGUUUACCGGCUCUUGAAAAAGAAGAAAAGCAUGCCGUGAGGUUGAUUGUAAUUAGAAGGAGAAAGAUGAAGAAACAUCAGAGAAAUAAGUUGUGGAAAAGAAUGAGGCAUCGCUGGGCAAGGGUGAAGAAAAAUCGUCGUAUCAAGAAAGAGAAGAUCUUCCAGAACGAGCUUUUUGCGAUGGUGAAAGAGGCUAAUGAAUUUUCUGCCGAGCAAUAUGUGGCGAGUAAACUAGAGAAAGCCAAUCACACUCCGUUACCUACGAGGUGGAAACACAAACGUCUGCCGGAGUUCAUCAUCAGGCAACUGCUGGGGAUCGAUAAGAAAAUUAAUUACCAACUCACAGACAAAUAUAAGGUUUAG